AUGACAGAAGAUGUCCAUCAGCGUUAUCGCACCGCGUCAGGCUCCAUCGAUCAUUCCACAUUACUCACACCGGCCCAUCGGCCACUCGAGUUGGCCCAGGCCAGUGCCACGCCAUGGAGCUGCACGCAUUGUGGAUACGACGUCUCUUGCAUCUCUGUUGAACUCGUACCUGCUGGAAAUGCUUCGCAGGGCUGCUGGGCUGGACUGCAAGCACUGCAUACGCGUGGCCUGAUAUCAUGCAAAUCCAACUGCAAAAAAAAGUCUCCUGGCAGUCAGCACACUGACGAUAUCGGCUUUGCGCAGCUCGUAGUCUCAGACAAGGAUGAGUUUCCGCAACCAUGGCAGUCAGCCACUUUGGCGGCUCCACUUGCCGCACCAGCCUACGCCGAUUCUCGACAGGCAUACGGAACAAAUCUUGGCUUCCCAAUGUCGACUGACUCUCCACGCCUUUUCCUCGAAGAGCAGGCAGAGACCCCGAUCUGGCGUGCACCGUCAAACAGUGGGCUCUCACGGUCUCGUCUCACCACAAUCGGACUCCCCUUGCCCCAAGCCCUCUCGUCAUGGCCAGAUGACGGCCUUGAUAAGAUGACCAUCCCAUGGAAAAGGAAACAAGUCGAUUGGAACUCCCAGCAAACAACCCCGCUAUCAACAGGUAGCAACAAAUCAGUACUAAGCAUCAAGCCCCCCUCCCCUGCCCAGCCGUUACCGGUACUUUUUGCUCUCACGCCACCUGAGCUGACCAAAGGCAUAACUCGAAAGUUGCGUUACUUGUCGUGUUGUUGGGCAAACUAG